AUGCGAUUGGCUCGCCCUCCAAAAUGGGCAUAUUGGUUAGCCGCGGAUUCCAACACUCACAAAGAACACUUUGCGAUUGAAUGGGGAUGCGAGUGUCCGGAGAUGAUGCUAAAUGGACGCCACUUCUACCUGCAUUCCGAUCGUCGCCAUCUGCUCUUUCUACAAAACGGUAAGAUGCUGGAUUUAGCUUUGGCCAGCAUCACCGAGCACAGUGGUCACGCUUCUCGACGACUCGACAAUUUGAGAUUCAUCGACGAUUUCGAAAUGGACCGUAGUUUCCCUCACCUCACCUCGACUAUCAAGUCGAAGGCUCAUCAAAUAGCUCAACCGCGAAUUCCACCUCCAAAGAAAUCAACUCAAUCGGGUUCAUCGUCUCAGGGGGAGAGGAGUUAUACGCCCGUCAAAAGGUCUCAGGUUCAGACUAUCAACCCAGAUAUCUCGCCUGUGAAAUAUGCCGCGGAUGUUACUACUGGUGGAACCACCUGGGAAAUCACCAUCUCCGAAUCAGCCCAUUCUCAAGCUCUAUCUACCCAGAACUUAGAUGUCAAGUCGCGUGAUGUGGCAGAUCUAAAUAAUUCGUCAGAAAAUGUCGCAUCACAAAAGAGACCCACUCCAGUGCAAAAACGACGUCAAAAGCGAACUCGACCCGAAGCUUCUCCGAACAGUACAGUUGUCGAACUGCAUCCGAAAGCGCCGCGGACAUCAUCUCGAGUGAAAACCCAAGUUCAACCGAUGAACAUCAAUAGCUCCAGCAGCAAGAGCUACAACUAUGCGAAAAAUGCCGCCCCUUCAGGGAUGAAGCCGCUUCGAAUGUACAGUACGAGCGGCGAUGUUCCUGUCAACACGAUCUUCCAGAACCCGACUACGACCACGUGUACCUUCCAAGACAACUGCCCUCUUUUUCCAAAGUCAAGUGGACAAAUUUGGCCAUGUGUAAUUAUCAGUCGUAACUCGAAAACAUAUCCAUCUUCUUACGCAGUUCCAGCAAACGACUAUUUUUUCAAAGCAAGCCCGCAUUUUGAACACAAGAUUGUAAAUGAGCAGAUAGGCCGAAUUGGAAGAAAUCAGCGUGAUGUUGGUACACUAACAACCCCAGUGGCAGAGUCGGUUGCAAGCUCAGACGAAGAAAAACGAGACAACAUUUGGCUAGGUGGCCACUAUCGGUGA